CUGUGUGUCUGAGCAGGCGCCAGGUUCCCCUUGCUGGGCGCGAGGAGGGUGGCAAGCGAGUGGGUGACGUCAAGGCGCGGCAGCCAUUACACGGAGCGGGGAGAAGGACCGAGCGGGAGCGAAACCUGUGCUUCCGCUCCUCUUGCUCUGUGUGUGUGUGUGGGUGAUCGGACGGAUCCUGCCAUUCCCGGCCCUUUGCUUCCUUCCUUUGCUUCUUCUUUUCCGGCCGGCAGCAGCAGGCCCCCCCGAGAAGAGUCUCUGUGAGGAGGAAGGCGAGGACGACGACGACGACGACGAGGAGAGCGGCCGGGGGUUGGGCCGGGGCCGUGGGUGCCGGAGGAAGGAAGGAGGGAAGGAAGGAAGGAAGCGCGGCGGCAGCGGCGGCCGGGUGAGCCAGCAGGAUGGAGGAGAAGGUCUUCACGAAGGAGCUCGACCAGUGGGUGGAACAGCUGAACGAGUGCAAGCAGCUCUCCGAGGGGCAGGUGAAGAGCCUCUGCGAGAAGGCUAAAGAAAUAUUGACAAAAGAGUCCAAUGUACAGGAAGUACGAUGUCCAGUAACAGUUUGUGGUGAUGUCCAUGGACAAUUUCAUGAUCUCAUGGAACUUUUCAGAAUUGGAGGCAAAUCACCAGAUACAAACUACUUGUUUAUGGGGGACUAUGUUGACAGGGGAUAUUACUCUGUUGAAACAGUAACACUUUUGGUAGCUCUGAAGGUCCGUUAUCGGGAACGCAUAACUAUCCUUCGAGGGAACCAUGAAAGCAGGCAGAUCACACAAGUAUAUGGCUUCUAUGAUGAAUGCUUAAGGAAAUAUGGAAAUGCAAAUGUCUGGAAAUACUUCACAGACCUUUUUGAUUAUCUUCCUCUAACUGCCUUGGUGGAUGGACAGAUUUUUUGUCUACAUGGCGGUCUCUCUCCAUCAAUAGAUACACUGGAUCAUAUCAGAGCACUUGAUCGCCUGCAAGAAGUUCCACAUGAGGGCCCCAUGUGUGAUUUGCUAUGGUCAGACCCUGAUGAUCGUGGUGGAUGGGGAAUUUCUCCUCGAGGAGCUGGUUAUACUUUUGGACAAGAUAUUUCAGAAACUUUCAACCAUGCUAAUGGCCUUACAUUGGUUUCAAGAGCUCAUCAGCUUGUAAUGGAGGGAUACAAUUGGUGCCAUGAUCGGAAUGUAGUAACAAUUUUCAGUGCUCCAAAUUACUGUUACCGUUGUGGUAACCAAGCUGCAAUCAUGGAACUUGAUGAUACUCUAAAAUAUUCAUUUUUGCAGUUUGAUCCAGCACCACGCAGAGGUGAACCACAUGUUACUCGUCGCACCCCAGACUACUUCCUGUAAUGAGAUUUUACACUUGUACAGUAUUGCCAUGAAUCAUGUGUUGACCUAAAGGAUGCGGGAAGAGCAACAGUAACUCCAAAAUGUCAGAAAACAUUUAACAUUGAAACUUAUUUUCACAUGGACCAAAAGAUGUGCCAUAUUGAAAUACAAAGCCUCUUCUUGUCUGUCAGCGACUGUGACCACUUUAGAAUGAACCAGUUCAUUGCAUGCUGAAGCAACAUUGUUGGUCAAGAAACCAGUUUCUGGCAUAGCUCUACUUGUAGUUACUUUUGCUUUCUCUGAGAGACUGCAGAUAUUAAGAUGUAGACAUUUAACACCUCGUGAAUACAAUUAACUUUCCAUUUAGCUAUAGCUUUCCAGCAUGACUGUAGAUAAGAAUAGCAAACUAUCAUUGAAGCGUAAUGAGCAUUUUAAAUAAGUACCAAGACAGACUUUUCUUAUUUGUGUUCUGAAACUGUUUUUUUAAAAUUAGGGAAAACUGUUUAAUUUAAUUGUAUGAUUGUUUUGUCUGAACUCUUUUCUCCACAUUCUUCCUUCACACUUUCCUCUACACAAUGUCCUGUGUACUUGUCCAUCAUAGUGUGUUAUUUUGAAAAGAACUGUUUUUUUCUGUAUGAUGUUGCUGCAGCAGAGUGCUGCAGCAUUUUUUCAUAAUAAACUUGUGAACUAUGGAAGA